AGAUCCCAGUGACCCCAAUGUUCAUUUGGCGUUCAUGUACGGCACUCUUAAAUCUACUGAGCCAAAUCACAUCCAACUGUUCGUGAAGGGCCCGGGGGGCGCCAAGUUCUAUGGAAGGGCCAAAACUGUUGGAAAGUUCCCUCUGCUGGUGACGACGCCCUUUAACAUUCCAUUUUUACUUCACAAAGAGGGCACGGGACAUGUGAGUACCAGGAAGUUGGGGGACAGGGGGUCAGGGGUUGACGUGAUCUUUGCAAAGGUUUCACUGUGUUUGUUAAAAUGGUCUGUGUUUGGUUGAAAGGUCUGUAUUUGGUUGAAAUGGUCUGUGUUUGUUGAAAUGGUCUGUGUUUGGUUGAAAUGGUCUGUGUUUGUUGAAAUGGUCUGUGUUUGGUUGAAAUGGUCUGUGUUUGUUGAAAUGGUCUGUGUUUGUUGAAAUGGUCUGUGUUUGGUUGAAAUGGUCUGUGUUUGUUGAAAUGGUCUGUGUUUGUUGAAAUGGUCUGUGUUUGUUGAAAUGAUCUGUAUUUGGUUGAAAUGGUCUGUGUUUGGUUGAAAUGGUCUGUGUUUGGUUGAAAUGGUCUGUGCUUGGUUGAAAUGGUCUGUAUUUGGUUGAAAUGGUGUGUGUUUGUUGAAAUGGUCUGUGUUUGGUUUAAAUGGUCUGUGUUUGUUGAUGAAAUGGUCUGUGUUCGUUGAAAUGGUCUGUGUUUGUUGAAAUGGUCUGUGUUUGGUUGAAAUGGUCUGUGUUGGUUGAAAUGGUCUGUGUUUGGUUGAAAUGGUCUGUGUUUGGUUGAAAUGGUCUGUGUUUGUUGAAAUGGUCUGUGUUUGGUUAAAAUGGUCUGUUCUGUUAAAAGGUUUUUUUUAAUGUUUGAAAUGGUUUUAUCAUUAUUUAAAAUUAUUUUUGGCAAGGGUUUGCUUGUAUCUGAAAUGAUCUGAUGUAGGUUGUGUUGGUUGUAAUUGGAAUUAUUAUUUUAAUGAUAUCCUACGUGUUGUUGGUUGUAAAACGCACUGAUUCAUCUCUUUUUGCCUGGGGUGGAAAAAUUGUGCGAAAUGAGACUUCCUUCUGAGAAAUUUAAAAUCAUUCUAAAGGCGGUACUAUUAUUUGUGCUGGGCCUGUUAACUUAGGUUUACCAUAGCAAUCGAAGCUGAUAAUGAUUUAAACCUUUGUGCUGGGCCUGGUAACUUAGGUUUACCAUAGCAAUCGAAGCUGAUAAUGAUUUAAACCUUUGUGCUGGGCCUGUUAACUUAGGUUUACCAUAGCAAUCGAAGCUGAUAAUGAUUUAAACCAGGAGUAAUGGAAUGGUAAACAUAUUCUAUUUUAAUGUUAGUGUAUAUUGGUAGGAUUUGGGGGGUAAACGCAUCAUACUCGAGUGUUUGUGGAUAUUGGAUAGGAAUUGAAAGGUAAAAAAAAAAUCUAUCAGAAUGUUAGUGUAUAUUGGGUUACUAGACUUCGACGUGAUUUUGUUUUGAACAGAGGAUUGACGGUGAGUUGUACAGAAUGGACGAAGAGACAUUCAACCAUGUUGAUUGGUUUGAGGACCAUCCAAACUGGUAUGUCCGGAAGCUGGUCAAGGUGGAGGUGUAUACCGACGACUCGGACAUCAUGAUUGAACCUCGCGUGGUAGAGUGUUGGAUGUACGGAUUAGCCAGGUGAGUUAAUAGGCUACAGGGUUAAACCUCGUGAGGUAGAGUGCUGGGUGUACGGAUUAGCCAGGUGAGUUAAUAGGGUACAGGGUUAAACGUCGUGAGGUAGAGUGUUGGGUGUACGGAUUAACCAGGUGAGAUACUUGGGUACAUGAUUGAAAUGGUGUGGUAGAGUUUUGGAUGUACGAAUUAGCCAGGGGAGUUACUGGCAUACGAGACUUAGAUCGUAAUUUUAUAUCAAUUUUUGUAUUAUUAACAUGCCCAGGUAAAUGUAAAGCUGAGGGUAUGGAUUAUCCAGACCAAUGUAUUGUUAUUUCUUUACAAAUAAUGUACAUGGAUUUUUAAGCUAACGGAUAAGUCAGUCGAUUGCUGUAUGCAUAGAGAAUUCAUCUCUGAAUGUCGGGAAUGUGUUGGUCACCCAUGUCGUUGACAUGUUCAGAGCAUGGAUUUACCAUUUGUAAUAUUUGUUUGGCGUUUGGAUUAAAACACUUAGUUUUGUUUUUCUUCACUUUGAACGCAGCACACAAUAUUACCUAAACAAUAUUACCUAAACAAUAUUACCUAAACAAUAUUACCUAAACAACAUUAAUUAUCAAUGUUAGACUAACUAUCAAUAAAGUAAUUUUUUUUUUAAUACAAUAUUACGAAUAAAUUUCAAUAAAAUUUGCUAUAACCAGGUUCAAGAAAAGUCUCCUGGAGAUGCCCCUGGUCGAAGUUUACCACGACAACCCACAAGAUAAACAAAGACGCUACAGGCCGUACACUGUUGGAAAAGAUGAACCGCUCGAGCCCUACCUGUUUGAUGAAUGACGGUCAUUGUCUUCAGAACUGAUAUCAACAUGUGUUUGCUGUGGGUCUUACGCGGUUUGAGAGUAUUCAUGUAUUCAUUUUGGUAAUGCCGUAAAUGAAAGCCACUAGGAUUAGCCGUAACUGAAAGCCACUGUGAUUAGCCAUAAUGGAAAGCCACUGCGAUUAGCCAUAAAGGAAAACCACUGUGGCUAGCCAAAGCUGAAAGUCAAUAUGAUUAGUCAUAACCACUAUGAUUAGCCAUUAUGAUUAGCCACAAGUGAAGCCACUAUCACUAGCCACAAGUAAAAGCCUGUAUGAUUAGCCACAAGGGAAAGCCACUAUGAUUAGCCACAAGUGAAUGCCAUUAUGAUUAGCCAUAAGAGAAAACAAAUAUGAUUAGCCAAACUGAAUGCCACUAUGAUUAGUCAUAACCACUAUGAUUAGCCACAAAUGAAAGCCACUAUGAUUAGCCACAAGUGAAAGCCACUAUGAUUAGCCACAAGUGAAAGCCACUAUGAUUAGCCACAAGUGAAAGCCAC